GAGUGGUGCGCUGACCUGCCCUGCGGGGCGCGCGCCAAUGUGAGCUACCUCGGCGACCUCGUGGAUCACGAGCGGGUCGUCGUGUGGCCGUCGAGGCGCGAGGAGGGCGGUGAGGUUGUCGACUCGCACUUGUAUUGGGUGCUCUCGCCGGACGGGGACCUGUGGGAAGAGCUCCUGUCGGGAGCCUCCCCUGCCGACGGCCCCUCCGGCGGCGAGCGCCUGGCAGCCGGCGCCGCCCCACCCGCGGCAGACCGCAAGCUCUACGGCUUCAGGGAGAGGGCUGCGAUGGAGGCCCGCGGGCAGACGCCCGCGGAGGCGCCGGCCAGCAUCGAGCUCCCGUCGGGCGCCCUGCUGGACAUCGGUGAGGGCCACGUGUGGGCCUUGGCGGAGCCCGCGCCUGGGCUUCCGAUCGGCUCGAUCGUGGACGCCUCGACGGAGACCCUGAUCGGGGUAGUGAUGGACGCCCUCUGGCACCGGCGCGGCCGAGCAUGGCGAGCGGAGCAGAUGCCAGAGGCCGAGGUGGUCGACUAG